UGACAGCCUCUGGGCCAUAUUGGAAUGAGGCAGUGAGCAGCGGUGGGGGGUGAAUAGCUGAGAAGCAAAGGAGAGAGAGAGAGCGGCGUACCGGGCCCUACAAAUCCGCCUGGAAAAAGUCCGGACGGUUUUCUCUGAGGACUACAGAACCCCACUCUUUGUCAUGGAGAAGAGGAAAGGAGGAAGUUUCUAAAGUUUUGUCCUGACACAGUGGGAGUUGGAUGAAUGGGAACGUUAAGCGUUGGACUGAUGUCACAGACACAGCUUGCAAAUCCUGUUUCAGCCACUGGAUGCACCUCCACUAACAUGAGUGUCCAAGAACAGAACAAUGAAGAAGCUGAUUCCAGCCUGGAGGAGGCAGAGUUUAACUGGGAGGAGUACCUAGAAGAGACAGGAAGCUCAACAGCUCCUCACAGCUUUUUCAAACAUGUGGACACUUCAGUGGAGACUGGUUUGUCCCCAGGAAUGAAAUUAGAGGUGCCUCUUGGAACAGAACCGCAGUCUUACUGGGUUGCUACUAUCAUCACCACUUGUGGCAAACUUCUGCUUCUCCGAUAUGAUGGCUGCGGGGAAGAUCGCUCUGCAGACUUUUGGUGCGACAUUGUAACCUCUGACCUUCAUUCCAUUGGGUGGACUGAGCAGAACAAAAAGAUCCUCAAACCACCAGACAUUGUAAGAGAAAAGCAUCAGAACUGGGAAGAAUUUCUUGUUCAGACAUUGAACGGGGCUUGUAGUGCUCCUGCUCACCUGCUAGAGGGCCCACACAGAGGUAAAGACCCACUAGACCUGUUUGGACCAGGUUCCUUGCUUGAGCUUCAACAUUCCCAGGGGUCACUGGGUGCAUGGCCAGUGAGAGUGCUGGACAACAUAGGUGGGAGACUUCAGCUGCAGUAUGAGGGGGCCCUUGACUGGCCAAGUCUACAGUACUACUACCUACAUCCUUCACUGCAUCAAAUGGGAUGGGCUGCUCAGAAUGGCUAUGAGAUCAAGCCUCCCGAAGAAAUAUUGCACCUAAAAACUGAAGAAGAGUGGAGAGAAAUAUUGACCAAGUGCAAUGACGACACUGGAGAUUUUGUAUUUGCAGACAUCUUCAUGGAGCAACCUGAGAUACAGAAUCACUCAUUCACAUCUGGCAUGAAACUUGAGGCAAUAAAUCCUAAAGACCCUUCUUGUAUUGUACCUGCAUCAGUCACUAAGGUCUUUAAUGAGCAGUAUUUCUAUGUUGAACUGGACGAUCUUCGGUCUGAGGCCUCUACUAGCCAACAGUCUAUGAUCUGCCAUAAGAACUGCCCAGGAAUUCUUCCUGUCCGCUGGAGUCAGAAGAUGGGCCUGUCUGUCCACCCUCCUUUAGGAUACUCGGAACAGGCUUUUGACUGGGAUGAAUAUCUGACUCAUUGCAAUGCUCACGCUGCUCCUGACAGUUGCUUCCCCGAGCCCCAGAGUGAUCACGUCGUUCAAGAGAAGAUGAAGCUAGAGGCAGUCAAUCCCUUCAACCCCCAGGAUAUCUGUGUAGCUACCAUAACCAAGGUCACUGGCGCCUACAUCUGGCUUAAACUUGAAGGUGUAAAGACUCCAGUUCCUGAGUGCAUUGUGCAUGUGGAAUCCACGGACAUCUUUCCAAUGGGAUGGUGUGAGACAAAUGGACAUAUUCUGUGUACUCCACCUUGCAUUAAAGCAAAAAUCCGGAAAAAAGCAACAAAUCACUCUGAGAAGCAAAAUCUGCCUGCUAAGAAUGGACUAAGUGGUACAGAUACUACCGCCUGCAACACAACAUCAAAUGGCAAAUAUCUGUGCCCUAAAAUAUACUUCAACCAUCGCUGUUUCUCAGGGCCUUAUUUGAAUAAAGGAAGGAUAGCAGAGCUUCCCAAAUCUGUGGGCCCGGGCAAUUGUGUAUUAGUUCUAAAGGAGGUUCUUUCUUUACUCAUCAAUGCUGCUUACAAACCCAGCCGGGUUUUACGUGAACUGGAAUUACAAGAUGAGCCAUCAUGGCCUCAACAUGCUGAGAUACUAAAAGCCAAAUAUAAAGGAAAAACAUAUCGUGCCACAGUAGAACUGGUAAGAACAUCAGACCAGGUGUCGGACUUCUGUAGGAAAACCUGCAUCAAACUGGAAUGUUGCCCAAACUUGUUUGGACCAUUUAUGGUUCUUGAUCAGUGCUCUGAAAACUGCUCUGUACUUACAAAGACCAAAUAUACUCAUUAUUAUGGAAAGCGCCGUGUGCGGAACUUAACCAAUCCAUCUGGAAUUUUACGUAGCAUAGAAGCUGCACUAAAGAAACCUACCAAGAGGAGAAGAAGGAAGAAGCAUUUCUUCGUCCAUAAGAAAAAGCGGUCAUCCAAUUCUCUAGACAACACUCCUGCAGGAAGCCCUCAGGGGAGUGGUGAUGAGGAGGAGGAAGAUGAAGAUGAUUCUCCUAGUGAGGAGAGUGUCCAGGAGCACCAGGAGGGCUCGGAACCUUCAGGAAAAGGGUCUUCAUCUGCCUCGCCAACUCGCAGUGAACUUUCACUGACUUGUGAGAAGAAAGUGAAACCAUGGUUCCUAAACAGUGAUAAACUUCUUUCAGCUAAGGAUAUCCGUAUUGAAGUUACGGAACCUUUGGCACUGAAUGGAAGCCCGCUGGACUGGACUGUCACUGAUGUAGUAGAGUACAUCAAGUCGACGGACUGCUCACAUUUGGCUAAACUUUUCCAAGACCAGGAAAUAGAUGGGAGAGCACUACUGUUGCUCAGUCUACCUGCUGUACAAGACUGUAUGGAUCUGAAGCCUGCAAUGGCAAUUAAACUGUGCUAUCACAUUGAAAGAGUGAAACUAGCUUUCUACCAAAGCUUAUCUAGCUAGGUUGCUGUGCUGUAUGAUGGUGGAGACAAGUUGAUUGGGCCUGGUAGGACCUCUGCGGACUUGUACGAGCCUUAAGUGAAUUGCACUUUGUAUAGAAUUGUCAUUUUGUUUACAUGUCUUUACAGAAAUUUCCGCCCAGGCCUUGAAAACUUGAGAAAAGACAAUAAUUGGUUACUUGUAAUGUUUGCUACCUAAUUAUUUAGGUGUGGUUGCAGCACCUAAUAAUGACCUUCUAAAGAGUUUCUCAGCACAGCUGGAGAUUUAUCUCACUUGAAACCAAAGUGUUCAAUUAAUGCUGGAGCCACACUUGUACACUUUGGCAUGAUGUGUAUGCUAUUGUAAUAAAGGAUAUGCACCAAACACACAUCGACAUGGGUUGCACACAUUCUAAUGCCUUGAAUGCCAGAUUAACUCCCAUUGCACUCUUAUUGAUUUUAGUGGAAAAUGCAUCUGGCAAAACUGCACAAAUGGGGUUUCAGCCUAAAGAUUUAGUGCAGUUUCUCAUAAAAGUGCACCAUACACCCCCCAUUAUCUAGUUAUUUAUUAUUCUCUUUGACGGGGAGCACAUGCUCUGUCAUGCCGAGGCAUCAUAUUUCCAGGUAAAAAACUGAAAGUGCAAAAGGACGUGGCGAUAAAUAUCACUUUAAAAUGAAGCUGCAGUCUGCUUGUGAACCAAGUCGCUUGCCAUAGGUAUUGAUGAUGGCAGGGGGAGGUAUUUAUGGUUGACUUUCAUGACAAAGUGUAUUUACCUUUAAAAAUGUGAUGUGACUAUAAUGCAACAGGGUACAUAAUUCUUUGUUUGAAAAUGCAAAAUGUGUACAUGGCAAAUGAUUCAUUUUAUAUCUUUUGUCAGACUAUUGAAAAUCAAUAUGUAUUUAUCUGACACUACUGACAAAUUGUAUAAUUUAUAUUUAAGUAUGACUUAAACUCAUUUAGUUGAUCUUCCUUUUUUUUUUUUUUUUUUAUAGUUGUCGAAAUGAAAAACAAUUUCUGUCACUUCUUCUUUUUUUUUUUUUUUUUUUUUUUUUUUAUUGAACACGCAGUAGAUUGUUAGAUAUAUUUUCAGUUGCUUUAAAAUGAUUUUGGUAGCUGAAUGUAGACAGAAGGAUGGAUAUGAUGCAAAAAUCAUGUGAUCAUCCUGUGUGUUUUCCUGUUUUCAUUGGUCAUAUAUGACUGGAUCAAAGAGAAGUAUGCUUGCCCUAUGAAACUUUUUAUAAUGCAUAAUAUUGCCAAUUACCAUUUCUGUAUUUUACUUAGUAAUGGGUUUACUAAAUAUUGCUUUGAGCGUG